AUGAUUCAAAUAAAUAAAAAAAAAAAAAAAUUAUCCAUAGCUGAUGAACGGAUUGAAGAAGCCUUAAAGAUAUUUAAAAAAAUAGCAGAAGAGCCAAUAAAAGAAAUGGACGAGAGCGAUUUAUAUUGUAAUUACCUUUCUAGCCAAUUUAAAAAAUACACACAAAGAACAAGAAUGCUUCUCCAAAAUGAUAUAAAUAAAUUAUUACUCGCUGCUGAUCUUGGAAAAUACGAAAUAGAUACUACUCGACAUCCACAUUAUAUUAACUCAUAUUAUCCCUCAUUGACUCGGGUUCCUAUAUUAGCCGUACCUGGUCCUAUGAUUAAUGCAAAUUUUUCUCGAGAUAACAACUUACACACUCUGGAUACUUUUCCUCAGACUUCACCAACAGAAUCGACAUGUACAUCUUUUUCAACUUUAUCCGGUCCCCAAGUUCAACAUUUUUUUGACAAUCUUAACAAUUCAUACACUUUUCCACAAACAGAAACACCAGAAUCUACAUCUGCAAAUACAUCAUUAUUAACUAGACACACCUGA